AACCUCCGUUUUGCCAACAGCCCGCUAGCCUCCCUGGAUGUUGUUUUUUCUUCCUUUUAUGAGCCCGGAUUACUGGGACGGACACCCAUAACUCUGCCCGGUGUUUGAAGCACUCAUCCCCCGUAAAAACAGCCCCGUAUCCCGCCUCAAAACCCAACGGAGCCGCUCAGCCUUCACUCUCAUGGGGUCAGACAUAAGCCAGCUUUGAAUGGGAUCACUCUAAUUGGUUGGUAGUGGAUUGGCUCACCGUUAUUGGUUGACAGCGGAUUGGAGUGCCCUGAUUGGACGACAGUGGAUUGGAGCGCUCUGAUUGGAGGAUUUGCGCGGUGGGUUUCCGGUCUGGCGCCGCCUCCCCCCGGGGCCGGCGUGCGCUCGCAGCAGCCCCCCUCCCCCUCACUGCUCAGCAGAGCCCAUGCACCAGCAGGAGGCGUGGCGCGUCCGUCUGGAGCCAUGUGCCUCCCUCACUGCCACAACAUGGACCAAUCCAAGCUGCCGGGAGGGUCUGUGGGCGGGGCUCAGAGAGGGGGUGUGUCUCUGGAGCCAUUCAUUCACCAGGUGGGGGGCCACACCAGUAUGAUGCGCUAUGACGACCACACCGUGUGCAAACCUCUGAUCAGUCGAGAGCAGCGCUUCUACGAGUCUCUGCCACCAGAGAUGAAGGAGUUCACCCCCGAGUACAAAGGAGUGGUUUUGGUGUGCUUCGAGGGUGACUCAGACGGGUACAUAAACCUGGUGGCGUAUCCGUACGUGGAGAGUGUGGAAGAGGAGCCCGAGGAGAGGGACCCCCCAGAGCGAGAGCAACCCAGGAGGAAGCACUCGAGACGCAGCCUGCACCGCUCCUCCUCCACCUCUGACCACAACAAAGACCAUAAAGAACACAAAGAACAUAAAGAACAGAAGGAGAAUAAGGAGGAGAGGAGGGAGCACGACCAGGACUCACAGGAGAAUCUGGGCGAGCUGAAGAGUCCCCGUCUGGACCCCAAGCUUCACUCUGAGGUCCCGUUUCAGAUGUUGGACUGGAACAGCGGCCUUAGCUCAGAGAAGAUCAGUUAUAACCCCUGGAGCCUGCGCUGCCACAAGCAACAGCUGAGCCGCAUGAGGAGCGAGUCUAAGGACCGCAAGCUCUUCAAGUUCUUGCUGUUGGAGAACGUGGUCCAUCACUUCUCGUUCCCAUGUAUCUUGGAUCUGAAGAUGGGCACGCGGCAGCACGGAGACGACGCCUCGGAGGAGAAGGCCGCGCGACAGAUGAAGAAGUGUGAGCAGAGCACGUCCGCCACGCUCGGGGUGCGCGUCUGUGGGAUGCAGGUGUACCAGCUGAACACAGGGCACUACCUCUGCAGAAAUAAAUACUAUGGCCGUGGUUUGUCCAUUGAGGGCUUCCGUGAGGCUCUGUUCCAGUAUCUCCACAACGGAAAGACUCUGAGACGGGACCUGUUUGAACCCAUCCUCCACAAACUGCGCGGUCUAAAGGCAGUGCUCGAGAGACAGGCCUCCUACCGCUUCUACUCCUCCUCCCUUCUCAUCAUCUACGAGGGGAAGGAAUCACAGGACAGCGCUUCAUGGCAUCAGAGAGAACCUCUCUGUGGCCACGCCCCGUCUGACACUGCCCCCACCCUCUGUUCAAAGGACACACCCCCUGCCCCACAGUCCCCACCCACCAAACCACCAGACUCUGCCCCCUCCCCCAACCACCACGCCCCCCUUGUGGACGUUCGUAUGAUAGAUUUCGCCCACUCCACGUUCAAAGGCUUUCGGGGGGACACUGCGGUUCACGACGGCCCAGAUCGAGGCUACGUUUUCGGACUCGAGAGCUUGGUGGGCAUCCUGGAAGAACUCCGGGAUGAAAACAUGCCCUAGCACCACUCUUUUACCGCAAAUAAACCUAAAAAAAAAAAAAUGACCCAAGACUCCCAAAUGUGCUUCUGUAUGUGAGGACCUUGACAAAGUCUAUUUUAAUCGGUCCAAUGUUGUGUUUUUAUCAGUGGAGUCCAGUGGAAAUGUCUCUUUAUUUUAACACAAAGAUUUUUAUGGAGAUUUAAAGGUAAGUUUUUGGGGUAAUGACACAAGAGGAGAUGCAAACAACAGGAAAAAUCUACGUUAGAAAUUUAAUAUUCUAUCCAUCCAUUUUCUAGUCUAAACAGGGACUCCCAGACUUCCCCCUACCCAGACACUUCCUCCAGCUCUUCCAGUGGAACCCCAAGGAGUUCCCAGGCCAGCUGAGAGAUGCAGUCCCUUCAGUGUGUCCUGGUUCUUGCAAUGUUCAGCAACUAGAGCCAGAGUUGACAAGAGUGGCCAAAAGUUACUCGAGUAAGAUUGCUUUUACUGUACAAUAAUACUCAGGUAUAACUUAAAUAUUUUGACCUGAGUAAAAAGUGUUUGAUGACUAUACUACUGAUGUCUGUGUAAUCCCUCAGUUGUCCAGGUCUGAUCCAUAGUAAAAGACAAAUUAAAUUCAGUCAGCUGGACAAAAGUUUUACAGUGAAUACAUCUCCUCUCUCAUUCAAGUGGUUUCUUCAGGUCUGUCUUACGUAUAUCUGCCUUAGAUGCAUUGUGUAACUUUUUUGGUGGAGGGUCCGUCAAACGCUUUUCACCAUGGACAAGUUAUUGCUUUGUCUGGAAUGUUUCGCAGUAUGGCAUUAAACCUUUCCAUCCAAAGUGGACCAAGUUACAAGUCAGAUCUAUGGAGAUCUAAUCCCGCUCAUAGUCAGAAUGCCUGUUUUUCUAAGUAUUUUUGAGCAAUAAAGCACCUGUCAUUGAAUAAACGUAAGGUAAAGCUGUUUGACAUACUGUGGAACAUCUGAAGCAGAGCAAUGACAUAUCCAUAGAAACAAGCAGGUGACGAACCCUCCAUCCAAAAAAGUUACAUAGUGCAUAGUGCUUUAAGUAAAGAGUAGGCCUGUCACAAUAAUUACUAGGGAUCGGACAAGAUAAAAUUUCCACGAGACGUAACGAGAUAAGAGAUGGGGUUCGCAAGAACGAGACAAGAAGAUUUUAAGUCUUAAAAUAAAUCCUAAUAUAUACAUUUCACAAUACAGUUUCCAAUUUUGACCUCACAAUUUAGUUAUUUAUUUCAUUUCGUAGUUUUGUUUCCAUGCUUUUUGGAACUGUAAGAAAUGUAACUCAGCAAAUUGUAAACCUUUUUGUCCAGUCCAAAUGUAAAAACACUGAAAAAAAUCUCACAAGAUAAUUUUUCUCUUGUGUGCACAAUCUUGUGGCAAUUUUGUUUCACGACAUCUUGUACCGUCCUUUAUGAUUACUAUAUCUAUUAUCUUUCAAUUUUGGAGCUUAGUAUUUAUCUUAUAUAUAUUUUUGUUGCAAUACUGGCGAGGUUUCUGAGCUGAUCUGAGCUGCAGAAAAUUAAAAAAGCAGCCUCCUGGUUUAAUUACUGCUUUAUUCUACCAUUUAUUUGUUAUAGCUCAUGCUUUUUAACCAUAUUGUAUUUAAAAAUAGUAAUAUUAAUAGUUUACUAGGAUUAUUUUUUGCUUUUUAAAUUUUAUUUUUAAUAUAUAUAUAUUUUUUGCUGUAAUAUUUCUCUGAAGCAAUAUAUCGUGCUUCAGAUUUUGUUAUCGUGACAGGCCUAUGAAGGAGCAAACUACAUUGAAACUAACACACGUAUUUGUUUACAGUUUCAGUUUCACACUUAAAGGUGCACUGCGUGACAUUUCUAGUGGAGGGUCAGCUGCUGGAUGUAUCCAUAGAAAUGUUGUUGCUUUGUCUAGAAUGUUUAAACCUGUCUAUCAUGAGGGAGACGAGCUGGUUACAGCACUACGCUACAUUACAGUUCAGAUUUGUGGAGAGGAAUUAUUGUAUUUUUGAGCAAUAGAAACACCCAGAAUGAAUAAAUGCAAGAUGGAUAUGUUUAAAGGUGCACUGUGUAAUUUUUCUGGUUGGGGGUAUGCCUCCACGGAGAUGCUAUUGCUUGGCCUGUAAUGUUCCGCAAUAUGGUAUUAGACAUAUAUAAGAUGCAUUUAUUCAAUUAUGGGUGUUUUUAUUGCUCAUAAAUAUCUUUUAAAAACAUGUAUUCUUACUGUGAGUGGGAUCGUCUCUUCACGGAUCUCACCUGUAAAUUGACCUAGUGGCGUCUCAUGCUUGUUUCUAUUUAAUGCCGUACUUUGGAACAUUGCAGGCAAGGCAAUAACAUCUCCAUGGAAACAAGCAAGCAAAGGGCCCUCCACCAAGAAAUUUGAGCAGUGCACCUUUAAACAAGUAAACAAAUAUGUGUGUUUAGUUUCAGACAGAUAUAAGGCAGUGUAAAAUGUCUUCACUCUAAAACGUUUAUCCAUUUGACUGAAUUAAAUUUUUCUUUUGAUAAAUAUACUACUGAAUUACUCAAAUUCAAAUCAAUUGAAAAAUGCCGUCUGCAUAUUUAAGUCAUGUUUCGUCUUUACAUUUAGAGACAAUCGUAUUUUAAAGUUUACAUUCAACACACUUACUUUGAGUAGAAGUUGAAUCCUGUUUUUUUUUGUUUGUGAUUUCAUCUUUUAUCUCUCCUACUUCUUCAUUUGAGAUAGGACCAAAAACAAAGCACUUAAUCAAAAUGAGUAUAUGAAUAUCUUAUUUCUAGAAAAAAAAAAAAAAAGGCCAGAGCUGCUUUUCUUUCUGCAAAAGUUUGAAAUCCCUGCUCAAACCACUGCUGAGAUGCUUUGGUUGAUCAGAUUUGAGGAUUUGUCCAAAAUUCCGCCUUUUUCCAGACUGAUAAUGUGUAGAAAUGGUCAGACUUCGACAUUAAAUUAUUCAUGUACAUUAUAUCUUAAAGGUGCAUUAUGUAACUUUUCGGAUAGGUCCACCGCCUGCUUGUCUCCAUGGAGUUGGUAUUACUAUGUCUGAAAUGUUUCACAAUGUGGCUUUAAACUUAGAACUCUUAACAUUCAAGAAGGAACUUAACAAUUAUGGGUGUUUUGCUUGCUGAAAGAACAUACGCACACCUACACAGAUCUGACCCAUAUCUUGGUCUAGUGGCAUCUCCUGCUUGUUUCCAUGGAGAUAGUAAAGUUUAACACCUUACUGUGAGACAUCCUAAGCAAAGCACUUCAUCAUCGUCCUGGAAACAAAAAUGCAGACACACCCUCCACCAGAAAAGUUAUACAGUGCACCUUUAAAGUUGGCCACUGUAACCAUCAUACCCCGCCUGACGCCUAUAGUUGCUGGGAUAAGCUCCAGUGACCCCUAGUGGCAGUGGCUGGGGUUUUUUUUUUUUUUGUAUAUUGCCUUUAGUUUGCCUCUGCCUCUUGUGUCUUUCCCCUUAAACUCCUGUAGGAUUUUGCACUUGUGUCAGAGCCAUAGCCCAAACACUUCUCUGUAUUUGUGAGGACAUUUAAAAUCACAUUUAUUCAAAAAUAUUUAAAUUGAGAGAUUGGUAGAAACGCACAAAAUGAGUGUUGAAAUAUGUUUAAAGGGAAGAAUUUUAAAGUUACUUGCACUUUUAGAUUUGAUAUAUAGGAUUAUUUUCAUGUUACUGUUAGAAUUGUAUAAGGAACUUGUUUUUACAUGUUGUACAAUCUUACCUACAGUGAUAUUUAAAUACAUAUAUUACAUUUUAUAUUUUGCUUUUUAUAUAUUAAUUUGCUUCACUUAAUAGUCGCUAAUAUUUAUUUUUGGGAGUGUAAUCCAACAACUGUCAAUGUAAAAACAGACUAAACCAGGACUAAUAAACCUUGAAUUUCACUUGGAUUAAAAACAGAUUUUGAACCAGUUAGACCUUUAGUCCUGGUUUAUUUCCUGGUUUUGGGGUCUUUGUUUUACAUAUUUUUGCAUUUUCAAACUUGGGGUUAUGUUUAUUUAAAAAUUUUGGGUGAAUAUUCAGCUGGUUUUAAAGGUGCAUGAUGUAACUUUUUGUUCGAGGGUUCGUCACCUGCUUGUUUCUAUGGAUAUGUCACUGCUCUGCUUGGAAUGUUCCACAGUAUGACAUUAAACAGCAAAUUUAUUACAUUUAUUAAAUUAUAGGUGGUUUUAUUUUUGCUCAAAAAUGCUUAGAAAAACAGGCAUUUUGACUGUGAGCGGGGUCGCCUCUCCAUAGAUCUGACCUGUAACUUGGUCUGGUUUGGACUCCAUGACAAUAGAAAGGUUUAAAGCCAUAGUGUGAAACAUUCCAGACAAAGCAAUAACAUCUCCAUGAAGAAAAGCAUUUGACGGACCCUCCACCAGAAAAUUUACACAAUGCACCUUUAUUUAAAAUUUAGGUAAUAAAGAAGACAUGUGUACGUCAUAAGGCAAAAUUUAACUAAUGGAAGACAUUUUUGGAAUGGACGAAAUCAGCUUUAAUGGAUUUAUAAGGGAUUAAACUGGCAAAUUUUUAUUUAAUUUUGUUUUUUUGGACUUUUAUUUAUUUUUUUUAAUAUCUUUAUUUUUUUAUUUUUUAUUUUUUUUUCCAAAUUGGUCCUACCUUAGACCAAGAUUACAAGUUGCUUCAAUCAUUUAUUUAGUAUUGCCUUCUUGGCUAGUUCCAGUUACCACCACUUUUUUGUCAUUUCCAAAUUCUUAACAUUUUUAUUCUACACUAAUCUCUCAUUCAAAUGUCCUCACAAAUAUAGUCUUAACUUUAUCAAUACAACCAUAAAGAAUCUACAGGAAGAGCCUUGACCAAUCACCUCUCUCCCUGUAUGUCACAUGACCCCCAUUUCUUUCCCUUUUGUCUUUCUAUUCGUGGGUGAAAACCAAAUGUUCCUUUCCAGUUAAAAGCAGGUGUUGUGUUCAAAGCAAUAGCAGAGGAGAUUUGUAGAUCAGCCUUAACUGUUUAUCAAAUAUAAAAAUAUAUAUCUAUGUAUGUUUCUGUGGAAUAUUAUUUUCUUACUGUUAAAAGCAUAUAAAGUCCACUAUAAACGUC